CUGAACUGUCUGUCUGUCUGUCUGUCUGUCUAGGCGGUGUUGGAGGUGUGUGACCGGACAGGAAGUGUGUGUGUGGUGUUGUGGAACAGCGUGUGUGUCAGCUGGUAUCGGCGUCUGAAGCCCGGUGACAUCAUCAGUCUGAGACACUACAGAGUCAAGCAGCGUUACCAGGCCGAGCCAGAAGAUAUAGAGAUCAGUGUGAACAGCAGGAAUCCCACCGCUCGCAUCGCUGUUCUCCCAGAAUCCUCUGUUUCUCCUCAAUAUGUCCCACAGGCGCCCAACUACAGCUUCUAUAACAGUCUGGAGCUCCUGGAGUGUCCUCAAGGCGCUGUGUGUGAUGUCAUCGGCCUACUGACCUUCUCAGGACGACCCGAGCGAAUCAGGAGCAAAGACGGCAGAGGGGCGGAACUUUUGGAGUAUCGCUGGCUGCGAUUGGAGGACGGGGCGAGCAAUCGGCCAAUCAUGGUGAAGCUCUUCUCCACGUCUCAGCCGGAGUCCCACCGCAAGCUCCACCCACUAACGGUGGUCGUUUGCACCAGACUCAAGUUGAUCAGAGCUGCCGGUUGGACAGACAGCCGCUCCUACCUGACCAACACCACGUUCACUCAGCUCUACUGCACAGGACUGGGCGACCAUUCCGAGAUGAGCUACCGUACGCUGCGGCCGGUGCGGCGCUUCCUGCGGUGGCUGCGGAGCCAGGAAGACGCAGCGGUGCUGAGCAGGGCUCUGAUUGGAGGAUGCUUCGUCUACCCGCCCCCGCCCGUCUCCUUGGAAACAUUCAUGAAAGGCAUAAGAGGUGAGCCGGGGUUCCUGCGGGGGGCGGAGCUUCAGAGGGAGAUGGCCAGGCUCUGUUACCGGGAGCGACGCACCUUCUGUAUCCAGGCAGCUGUUACUAUGGUUACUUACAGCCGUAUUGGGGAGGAGGAUCGCUGUUUGUUUUGGACGGACCGAGCUUCAUCGUCCCCCUCCUCUUCCUCCUUCACUCGCCCCUCCCCCUCCUCUUCCUCCUUCACUCGCCCCUCCCCCUCCUCCUCCUCCCCCUCCCCCCUUCCUCCCCUCUGCACCCCUCGCUCGUUCAGACCUCCUCUCUCCUCCUCCUCCUCCUCUCUGUCUCCGUCGUCUUCGGCCGUGAGUCAUCUGUCGCCGGGCAGAUCAGGGGCGUCGAGGAAGAGGAGGCAGCUGCUGCCGGCUGAGACGCCGAAGAAAAGACAUCCGUGGGUCACAGUACAGCCUGAACCCAACAAGACAGUGGUUCUGUUUGAAGCCUCGAUGGAGUUCCUGGAGAAUGUUGACGAUGAAGACGAUGAAGAUGAAGAAGACGCCACGUCCUUCGUCACCGCCCCCCUCCUCCCAACGUUCCCGCCGGUCGCCAUGGAGACGCUGCCGAUGCGUUACGACCACGGCCGCAGGGAGGAGCAGGCGGUCGCCGUGGCGAUGGGCGGGAGGCCGGCCGCCACGGCGACGAGGUUUGACUCCGCCCUGAAGGACUACUACACUCUGAGACUCAGAGCGCUGUCGGAUGGCGUGUUGGUCGACGCCAUCUUCCUCCCUCACUCCUCCUCUUCCUCCCCUCUCCUCCCCCCCUCCCUCACCCCAACACCUGGACCUCCAUCCUCUCACACGGAGCCUUCUCCACACACACACCCUCCCUCCCCAGCCUCGUUUCACUCAGGGGGGAAAAUGUCAAAAAGACGACAAAGUCUGCUGAACUUGUUCAAAUACUCUGGCCAGGCGGAUCCCAAACCAGCAAAUACCGCUUCUGUGGAGACUACCGUAUUUAACUGUUCUUUGUUACAGCGCCACCUGGAUGGAAGCCACAUCAGCCCGUUGCCUUUUCCCGCCCUCUCGCCUUCCCCGUCACAUGACCUGAAAGCCUCGCCUGAUUGGAUGAAGCGUGUAUAUCCAUUAAGUGUUCAGGCUGAAGAAGAGGAAGCUGAGCGCCCUCUCUCUGAACAAAGUGAGACGUCCAGCAGCAGGGUCCCGUCCUCCCUGCUCUCCCCAGGUCUCCUCUGCCUCCUGCUGGCCGCUGCGCUGGCUCUCCUGGCCUGUCUGAUCUGGGCCGUCCCGGAGCCGCCUUGUCAGCGCAGCGGCAGGAUGCCUCGUAGCUUCCACCUGACACUGACGUACGUCAACGGGCCUCCGCCCACCUGAAGACCAGCCAGAGACGCUCAGGGACAGAGUUUGGACAACAGCACUUUUUUCAUCAAUCUCUACGGAGGUUUUCAACUCGACAUGUAACCGUUGCAUUCACAUUUCAGUACCGGACACUCAAACAAUCGUCCAGCUUGUAUUUACCUUCACAAAAGUGCUCGUUUUGCUGCUGACAGACUCAGAUUAUUAUUCUAAGUGUCUGACAACAUUAUGGAA